GGACGCACUGAUGGGGAGGCACCGGAGCGUGGGUGGGCAAAUAUUAAUCCUGUAGCAACAAGCACUCGGGAGAUGGGCCCCGGCUCACGCUGUGACACUCUCGAUGAUCACUUCAGAGAUUUCAACUGGAAGAAGGUAACCAACUUUCACAUCAGUCUAUUCCGAAAGCUCGUGGCAGCCGUACCUCAGCGUGAUCAGCACCUUGCCAACUUUAAUGAUUUCAAUGAGACAUUGGUUGCAGAACGACCAGAGGAAGUCACUCGGUGGAAGCUAGCUAUUGAAGGCUGGGAGGCUGAUAUAUUACAGCCAAAUCCCUUCAAGGUUACAACUACAACCAUGUCUCUCACAGCAGUACGACUACGUCUCUCACAGAAGGAAGCAGAAGACCUAGAACGUGGUCUUAACUACUCACUGCAUACAGAGGUAUCACCGAGUGUUCUGAUAUCAUCAGGUAUUGAAAUAGAGGACCAGCAAUGCCGGCUGGAAAGAGAGUAUGGUGCCUUGGGAGCUCAUCCAACCAAUCUUCAGCUUACGAAAUUGCAAGAACGGAGCAAUGCUCUACAGCGCAAAAUCAAACAAUGGUGCAAGGUCCAGGUGUUAUACAUGCCUACGGUUGUCCGAGUUCGCGUAUUCGACACAGCUAGUACCAUCAGCUCACGGGAAGAAAAACCCCACGAGGUCAAACUGUGGUUGCCAUCCCAGCUCAAAGGGGCUUCAAACAAAUUUUGCGAGGAACGUGUGUGCAGAUAUGAAUGGGAGCUGCGACAGGCACAAGCAUUUGAUGCCCUCGAUGACCUCCAUCGACAUCUUCAACUGCGCAGCCACUUAUGCAAGUUCAAAGAUAAUCAAUUGCGUGGUCAACAGGCCAAUACACGCGCAGCGGCAGUUCUCACCAAGGUGGAGCUUAGUAUCAAGACAGAUGCAGAGCGGUACCGUAGGGCCUGGACUGCUCUAGUUAGGACUGAGCAUGUUCGUGGAAUGUCUGAUGGUCACACAGGCCAAUCUGAAGGUAACCGAACUCUAUCGUGGAUUUGGAAGGCACGCGGAGUCACUACUGGAGACAGUGAAGGAGAGACCGUUCUCGCUGAUGCGCUACACGUGGAGUGGUGUAAAUCUCGGGCGCGUGCAUACCGUUGGAUGGAGGAAGUAGAACUUCUCCAGGAGGAGAUGCGCCGGGUGUGUGCAUUCUUCGACUGGCAUGCGGCAUGGUGGAAGGAUCAGGCAAGCCGGAGGAUUGGGUUGGAUGUUGCCAAGUCAGAAGGCAUUGGGGCAUAUGCCAAGCGCCAGGCAGCCAUUCAAGUCAUGAUGCGGGACAACUGUCUGAAGAAAUGGCAUCCGAUUACUGCAAGCUUACCCGGGCCAGAAGUGGUGGUGCCCUGAAUAGGAUAAUGUCAGUUCUUUUGUUGGUAGCCAUAUAUAUAAACAUUGCAUCGGUCUCC